CGGAGUAUAUAUGUGUGCUUGUGUUUCACUCUGUCCAUAAGUUAUCGUCCCCAGUCGGAGUGUUCUGCCGCGCGUGCACCCUCUUCACCAUGCGCUGUGUCCUACCCGCGCUGCUCGCGUGCGCUACGCACUGUGCCCUCGCGCUGUACGCUGUGUACGGGAGCGCGCUGUCUCCGCCGCGGCGCAGCUGCAGAGAGAUCCCCGCGAGACUCGCGCUGUGCGGCGGGAUGGAGUACAAGCGCAUGCGCCUGCCCAACCUGCUCGGGCACGAGACGAUGGAUGAGGCGGCUCAGCAGUCUGCUCCCUGGGUGCCGCUCGUGCACAAGCACUGCCACGCGGACACGCGCAUGUUCCUGUGCUCGCUCUUCGCGCCCGUGUGUCUGGAGGACGUGGCCGAGCCGAUCCAGCCGUGCCGCGCGCUCUGCGAGGGAGUCAGGGGCGCAUGCGCACCCGUCAUGGCCGCCUUCGGGUUCCCGUGGCCCGACAUACUCGACUGCGCGCGCUUCCCGCCAGACAACGACCUGUGUAUACCCCUAACCAACAACACCGUGGGGCAGGUCACUCAGCAAGUACCAAAAGUGUGUGAGGCCUGCAAAGUGAAAAUGGAAAAUGAGAAUAAAAUUGUUCACAGUCAUUGCAAUAAAGAUUUCAUCCUGAGGUUUAAGGUAAAGGAGAUCUCCUACAUAAAUGGAGACGCCAAGAUAGUUCCAGAGACCAAAACGGUAUACAAGCUGAGUGCACAGACAGACCUGCAGAAGGAAGCUCUGUGGCUCAGAGAUGGUCUGGAGUGCACGUGUGAUGAGAUGAGUGACAUCAACGGUACAUACCUGGUCAUGGGUCAGUAUCAAGAUGGGAACCUGGUGAUCACAUCGCUGAAGCGCUGGCAGAAAGUGCAGCGUGAGACGAAGCAGCUUUUCCGCAAAAACCGCAAACUGCAGUGCUGAGCUGCGAGAAACUGGCAACCACAAAUCCACCUCUGUUCCACAUCUCUAAAUCACCUCCACACUGUUGCUGUCACCUCCAACAGACCUGCAGUCAUUAAGCACCAAACUGGAACCCAUGAAGAACUUGUAUUUGAAAGCCAUGUACAGAUUUCAGUAAAGUGUCGAUGUGAUGUAUUUCUUCUUUGUAUUUAGCUUUAGCACUUAAUCUUGACAUCUGAAUCUUGACAUCUCUCUAGCAGCAGUGGAUUUAUAAGUUUCUGUACUUUAGUUCUGAGUGUUUGUGCUCUUCUGCAACACUUUAUAUCAGUAUCAUGAGAGAUAGCUGGCUAUAUUCUCAUUAUCAGGUUAAACCACAAGAAGAGUUUUUUUUUUUAAUCCAGAUUUCUUAUGUUGGAAUGUGUUUCACUGUUCUCAUGUAUGUGUGUAGAGCCUGUACUAAAUCUCUUAAACCACAAUCUGAGAUCAUCUACUGUUUAUUUCCCGUCUGUUCGUUAGAAUAUUGGCAUGAAGGUCUGUUCCUCGUUAUUCCAUUCUUCAGCUCUGUGAAAUCUCACAAUCAUGGGCUCCGCUCUGGAAUUUAUUUUUUUUUGCUUUUUUUUUUAACUCAAUUGUUUGCACAUUUUACUGCAUCAAGGUUUUGUUUUAACCAUUGUGUCUCUUUUUAUUGCAUAAAUAUUUCAAGAAGAUGCUUGUUCUUGUAGUUUAAGCGAGAAGCCAAAAGUCAUUGCUUUUAUUAUUAUUAUAACUUUGUAUUAAGUUUCAUUUUUGUUUGUUUUAUAUAUCUGUGACAAAAACUACAACA